AUGAACUGGAAAUAGUCUACGUGCAUGAAAUUCAAUAUAGAAAAGAUGAUAUUAUCGUAAUUUCUGAUAAAUUACCAAAAGUGACACCACUUUUUGCACAGAUAAGACUUCUUGUUAUGGACAACGCAGAAAAAAUAUUUUUUUUUGCUGAAGUGUUUAGAACUGUGCGAUUCAGUAAACAGUUACGCUCAUUUUGUGUAGAAAGAACUACCGAUUAUCGGUUAAUAAUACCAGAAACUCUACUAUUUCGACGUGUAUUAAAUUUGUACGCUUUCUUAGGUGAAAUGUAUAUAGCUAUGAAACCAUACGGCUGCUCGUUUUGUUAAUGAUUUCGAUUGAUUUUCUGUUGGUUUUAAUUUUCUCUGUUAACAUCACUGUCCUUCUGUGAAUACUUUACAGUGAGAGAAGUUAAACGAAAAUGAAAAAUAAACCUCUUCUGAACGCGUAUGCAUUUGUUUACCUAUCUCCCCUAUACUAUUUUAUGAGAGUGGGCUGGAACUUAGUGCUCGAAUAUCUUACUUUAAAUAUGUUUUCUUCUUUUAGAGGAAUUAAAAUGGAUAUAUUAGUUAUUAGCGGACCCAGAAAAUGUCCUAUACAAAUUCCAAUUGGUUCUUCAAUCGCAGAAGCUAGAAGUUAUAUUUCGUCGUUAACUGAUUUACAAGUGUCGGAAACAUGUAGAUUGCUUCUAUAUAAAAAAAAAUUUGAAGAAUACGUCGAAGUAGCUGAGACAACGGAAUUGCAUGAUGAGGAUAAGAUUGAAAUUAUUCAACCACAGAUACUACCAAGUAUAUCAUCAUCAAUUAUGUCAGAUACUCAAUCAAACUGUUAUGCCAUCACGGAUAUUAGUAAUCAAUAUCAACAAUAUGGUUCAUGUCAUCCUAAUAGCAACCAAGACGGUCUUAAUCAGUCUGUAUUAGCAUUUCAAUCGCCAGAAGCGCAACAAUAUGAUUUUCAUCAUCUAUACUCGUCAAAUCCAACGGUCAAUUGUUUAGCGUUAUCAAUUCCUCAUAAUGAUUUAACAGGAAAUACAAAAGAGCAAAGAAACUUGGUGGCUAGCGAUGUUUCAAGCGAAAUGUUUGGUGACGAUUAUUCUUCAAAUUACGUCACCGAAAAGAAAGUGCCUCUUUCAGCUCCUCCACCUAGUUUUUCUGAUGGUGUUAUUAAUUAUUUGACAGACAGACAAGCAGUCGAUCCGAAAGAUGCAAUGUUUCGAGCAUUCAUACAUGAAGCUCAUCAGCAUUAUUCAACUUUAUAUAAAGAUAAAGGUUAUCGUAAUCAGAAUAGUUAUAAAAAUAUUGGUAUUACUUUGAUAACAUUAUAUUCAAAACUAGCUACAACGUCAUAUUCCACCCCAUGGAGAUUAGUAACUCAUGCAUUGUCUAUUCGAUGGAGAAACAAAAGUGCAGAUGAAAAACUAGCUUUUAAUGGACAACGACGACAACGAAAUAAACGUAAAAUUAACAAUGACAAAUUGGAGAACGAUGAUCCUGAUGAAUUAUCAGGUCUGAGUGAGAAACCAAUAAAUGAAAUGAUCAGUUUGAUUCCUGAACUGAAAUACGAAUUGACGUUAUUGUAUGAUUUUGGUCAACUGAUCAAAACACGAACAACAGAUCAAAUAACAACUGAUAUACGUGCUUUUCUAAAUAAAGUCAAUACGUAUUUUCAAGUUCCUUUAGGGCGCAAUCAAACAGAGUCAGAUAUGAAUGGUAUUGGCAAAUUAAUACAGAAUCUGAAUGAGAUUGAUUUAUUUAUUGCAGAAACUGCCCCUGAUCCACAACAUUUGACGCCAUAUGCAAAAUUUGUUGGAGAAGAUAUACAUAUUUUAUUUGAGGGGCAUUUGUUAUAUAGAGUAACCAAAUUAUUCGGUUUGCAUUACGUGUUAGUUUUAAUUAUUGCAAUACAUUAUGUGUUUGAUCGUCAAUAUCCUAAGUGUUACUCGAAACUUUUCAGCUUAAUCGAAAAAAUUUGUAUCGAUAAACAAAUAACUUUUUCCACGAGUAUGAACAUGAUCUCGUUAUAUAACUCUUUAAAAUUAUAAACUCGGUGUUCGUCUCCCUCUCCAUAAAAUAUAAGAUUUAGAAGAUAAUGACAAACACACCUUUUUUGCUAUUG